AAGAUGGCGUGAUAAGUUUGAGAGUUUAUCUAUUGUGGUUAUGUUAAGAUUACUUUGUGUGUAAACCCAGAAAUAUUUCUGGUUAAUUUAAAACAUUAUUUAGUAUAGUUUUACUAAUCGAGAUAUUUAAAAUGAGUUUUUCAAGCGAUGAAGUUAAUUUUCUUGUGUACAGAUAUCUUCAAGAGUCAGGUUUUCAACAUUCUGCUUACACAUUCGGAAUAGAAUCCCAUAUAUCUCAAUCAAAUAUAAAUGGAGCUUUGGUGCCUCCAGCUGCACUGCUGAGUAUCUUACAAAAGGGCCUACAAUAUACAGAAGCAGAAAUAAGCAUUGGUGAAGAUGGCACAGAACAAAGAUUAGUUGAAAGUUUAAGUCUCAUUGAUGCUGUUAUGCCAGAUGUAGUGGCCAGCAGGCAGAACCAACAGAAUCAACAGAAACAAAAUAUCAAAUCUGAAAUUACAGAUACUAAUGGAGAAGAAGCUGUUGUUUCAACUCAAAAUGAGAGCAUGGAAGUGGAUACCUCAAUUGAAAUACCAUCAUCAAAGGCAACUAUUCUUAGAGGACAUGAAUCUGAAGUGUUCAUUUGUGCUUGGAAUCCAACAACUGAUCUUUUGGCUAGUGGAUCUGGAGAUAGUACAGCCAGAAUAUGGGAUAUGACAGAUAAUACAACAAGUCCUAAUCAAUUAGUUUUAAGACAUUGCAUUCAAAAGGGAGGUACAGAAGUUCCCAGCAAUAAAGAUGUUACAUCUUUAGACUGGAAUUGUAUUGGAAGUUUACUGGCAACUGGCAGUUAUGAUGGCUAUGCAAGAAUUUGGACCACUGAUGGAAGACUGGCUAGCACAUUAGGACAGCACAAGGGUCCCAUCUUUGCCCUUAAAUGGAACAAAAAGGGCAACUACAUACUUUCAGCAGGAGUGGAUAAAACAACAAUAAUUUGGGAUGCAGCAAGUGGGCAGUGUACUCAGCAGUUCAGUUUUCAUUCAGCUCCAGCUUUAGAUGUUGACUGGCAAACAAAUAACUCAUUUGCAAGUUGUUCUACAGAUCAGUGCAUACAUGUUUGCAGAUUGUCAAUGGAUAAACCAAUUAAAUCUUUCCAGGGGCACACUAAUGAAGUUAAUGCUAUUAAAUGGGAUCCACAAGGCAACUUACUGGCAUCAUGCUCAGAUGAUAUGACAUUAAAAAUAUGGUCCAUGAAACAGGAUACUUGUGUGCAUGAUUUACAAGCUCAUUCAAAGGAAAUUUACACAAUAAAGUGGUCACCCACAGGUCCUGGAACUCAAAAUCCAAAUAUGAAUUUGAUCUUAGCUUCUGCCAGUUUUGAUUCAACUGUUCGACUUUGGGAUGUUGAAAGAGGUGCUUGUAUCCACACUCUGACUAAGCACACAGAGCCUGUUUAUUCAGUAGCGUUCAGCCCCGAUGGCAAAUUUUUGGCAAGUGGUAGCUUCGACAAAUGUGUACAUAUUUGGUCUACACAAUCUGGACAGUUAGUACACAGUUAUAAAGGUACCGGGGGCAUUUUCGAGGUGUGUUGGAACUCUAGAGGUGACAAAGUAGGUGCUAGUGCUUCGGACGGCAGUGUCUUUGUACUUGAUCUACGUAAACUGUAAUCAGGUGGACAUUAUAGACGUUGUAUAGGUAAGGAUUUUAAUAUUAAGACAAAACUUGAACAAAACAUUUUGUACUUGCAGUUUCGUAUCUUUAAAUGAAUUAUUUUACAUUACUGUUUUUUUACAUAGCAAUUGAAUGUUUGUGAUAGUUAAAAAGAAUGUUUUAAUUGCAUGUUUGAUUUUUAAGACAAUCUAAAUAUGUAUGAAACUGAUUGCAAUUUUUUAGAGGUAUCAUUUAAUAAUAGAUUGAUAUUACUUA